CAAAUCAGAUGAUUGUCAUUUGGCUUUGUUGUAACUUGUGGUGUAAAAUAAAUAAAUAAAAAUUGUAUCCUGAAUCAUUAGCAGUUAAUAUCUACUGUACGGGGUUCCCGAAGAUCUUCUCUUCAGAUCUGUCGAGAGGCUGUAGACGUUACCUACUUAGUACAUGUCUUGAAGUUCGAGAAAGCUAUUUCGUAUACAGUUCAUCGUCUCGUUCAUUCCACAAUCUCAAGAAAGAUGUCACCAGCCUAAUAAGGCGGGUUCCACGUCAAGUUGUAAAUCCGGCCCCGUACCGAUGCACUAGUGGUUGACGAGCGAACUAAAGCCACAGCCGCCAUGUCGUCGGUAAAGGUGGCAGUGAGGGUUCGUCCCUUCAACUCCCGGGAGAUUGCCCGGGAAUGCAAAUGCAUCAUCGAGAUGUCCGGGAAUACUACAGUGAUCACAAACCCGAAGGCACCUCCUGGCAGCAAAGAUGGCGCGAAAAGCUUCAAUUUUGAUUUCUCAUACUGGUCUCAUAAUCCAAAUGAUCCAGAGUUUUCAUCCCAAGUCAUGGUGUACAAAGACAUCGGAGAGGAGAUGUUGCAACACGCCUUCGACGGCUACAACAUAUGCAUAUUCGCGUACGGGCAGACGGGUGCGGGCAAGUCCUACACCAUGAUGGGCAGUGGAAAGGAUGGGCAGGAGGGCAUCAUCCCGCAGAUCUGCAAGGAUCUCUUCAGGCGCAUCCGACAGACCACCUCCGAUGAUCUUAAAUAUUCGGUGGAAGUGUCAUACAUGGAGAUAUACUGCGAGCGAGUCCGUGAUCUCCUGAACCCGAAGAACAAGGGGAACCUGAGGGUUCGUGAGCACCCAGCGCUCGGUCCCUACGUGGAGGACCUCAGCAAGCUGGCGGUGACGUCAUACCAGGACAUAUACGACCUCAUCGAUGAGGGAAACAAGGCUAGGACCGUGGCAGCGACCAACAUGAACGAGACCUCGUCUCGUUCGCACGCUGUCUUCACCAUAUUCUUCACGCAGCAGAGACAUGACCAGACCACCAACCUCAUGUCGGAGAAGGUGUCAAAAAUCUCGCUGGUGGACCUGGCAGGGUCUGAGCGAGCGGACUCGACAGGAGCUAAGGGUACCCGCCUCAAGGAAGGCGCGAAUAUCAACAAGUCUUUGACUACACUCGGCAAAGUCAUCUCGGCGCUCGCUGAAAUUGCUUCGAAGAGUAAGAAAUCGAAGAAGGCGGACUUCAUUCCGUACCGUGACUCCGUGCUGACGUGGCUGCUGCGUGAGAACCUCGGCGGGAACUCCAAGACCGCCAUGAUAGCGGCCAUCUCACCAGCCGACAUCAAUUUUGAUGAAACCCUCAGUACUUUGAGAUACGCGGACCGCGCCAAGCAGAUCGUCUGCAAGGCGGUUGUCAAUGAGGACGCCAACGCGAAACUUAUCCGAGAGCUCAAAGAAGAAAUACUCAAACUACGGGAACUACUCAAGGCAGAAGGCAUAGAAGUGGAAGAAGGACCAGAUGGUAAAGUCCUUUAUGAAAAGAAACAAGAGCCCAUCAGAGAAGAGAACAACGCGUCCCCGCAACGCAAGAAGAGCGAGGCUGAGGUGCUUUCCCCGAAGUUGUCCCGAGCGGCCACGACUAUUGCCGAGGAGGCUGUCGAUCAGCUGCAAGCCUCGGAGAAACUUAUUGCUGAACUGAACGAGACUUGGGAGGAAAAACUGAAGCGUACCGAGCAGAUCCGGGUGCAACGCGAAGCUGUGUUCGCGGAGAUGGGUUUGGCAGUGAAGGAAGGUGGCAUCACCGUCGGCAUCUACUCGCCCAAGAAGACACCGCAUCUCGUCAACCUGAACGAAGACCCCAACCUGUCCGAGUGUCUCAUCUAUUAUAUUAAGGAUGGUGUAACUCGCGUUGGUACAUCCGAAGCUAACGUGCCCCAAGACAUCCAGUUGUCUGGCUCCCACAUACUGAGCGAGCAUUGCAUCUUCGAGAACACUGACGGAGUCAUACUGCUCAUCCCACAUCGAGACGCGCUCAUCUAUGUCAAUGGACGCGAGCUGACGGAGCCAGUGAUCCUGAAGUCCGGCUCCCGUGUGAUCCUGGGCAAGAACCACGUGUUCCGGUUCACACACCCUGGCCAGCCGCGCGAGGAUCCUGUCAACAAGGAGAACAAGGAACUCACCACCAGCUACACUGAGAGUGACUCCGGCAGUACAGACGCCGACGGUAAGAACGUGGACUGGGACUAUGCGCAAUGCGAGUUGCUUGAGAAGCAGGGCAUCGACUUGAAGGCAGAGAUGCAGAAACGUCUGUUGGCUCUAGAGGAACAGUUCCGAAGGGAGAAGGAACAUGCUGACCAGCAGUUUGAAGAACAGCGCAAGAACUACGAGGCCCGUAUCGACGCCCUGCAGCGUCAGGUGGAAGAGCAGAGCGUCACCAUGUCCAUGUACAGCUCCUACACUCCUGAGGACUUCCACAAUGAUGAAGAUAUAUUUGUGAACCCGUUGUUCGAGACGGAGUGCUGGUCGGCCCGCGAGGUCGGCCUGGCCGCCUGGGCGUUCCGCAAGUGGAAGUACCAUCAGUUCACAUCGCUACGUGACGACCUGUGGGGGAAUGCUAUCUUCCUCAAGGAAGCGAACGCGAUCUCAGUGGAGCUUCGCAAGAAAGUCCAGUUCCAGUUUACAUUACUGACGGACACCCCCUACUCCCCCCUCCCGGCCGAGCUGGCUCCCCGCGACGACGCUGACGACGAGUACCGACCCUCAGCACCUACUGUAGUAGCCGUCGAGGUCACUGACACCAAGAACGGCGCCACCCAUUACUGGACACUUGAAAAGCUACGCCAUCGGCUGGAGCUCAUGCGACAGAUAUACAACAUGAACGAGAGCGCUUGUGCCGAGGACGAGGCGCCCCCGCUAGUGCUGGCGCCGCCGCCGCACGUUGGCAUCGCGGCCGGGGGCGCGGGCGGGGGCGCGGCCGGGGCGCCGCCCCCCGACAUACUGCACUGUAUCUCUGCGUGCGCGCAACAGACGCGCCUGUCGCUAGCCAACCUGCUGCCCUCCAGGCAACGUCUGGAGCUGAUGCGUGAGAUGUACCACAAUGAAGCCGAGCUGUCUCCCACCUCGCCCGACCAUAACAUUGAGUCCGUUACUGGUGGGGACCCCUUCUACGACAGAUUCCCGUGGUUCCGUCUAGUGGGACGGAGCUUCGUAUACCUAUCGAACCUGCUAUACCCGGUUCCCCUCAUUCACAAAGUGGCCAUCGUGAAUGAGAAAGGAGACGUCAAGGGCUACCUCCGAGUGGCCGUGCAGGCUGUUAUCGACGCUGAAAAGAACAAUGCAGAAUUCGCAGCCGGCGUGAAGCAGUCUGCGAAGAUAUCGUUCGACGACGACGUGGCCCCGGCCCGUCGCACCAAGCUCUCUGCUGUCGACAAGAACAACGCGAUUAAUCUCGACGAGCGCAUUAACGAUGUGCCCGAUUCUAAUAUUAAAAUUGAAGAACUGGCAAUGGGUGAGUGUGACGCGGACAGUGGUCGCGGAGACAGUUCCCUGGCGUCGGAGCUGAAGGAGGAGGACCUGCCGGAGCACCUGACGCUGGGCAAGGAGUUCACCUUCCGAGUCACCGUGCUGCAGGCGCACAGCGUGUCCACUGACUACGCUGACGUGUUCUGCCAGUUCAACUUCCUACACCGUAACGAAGACGCAUUCUCGACAGAGCCCGUCAAAAAUGCGGGCAAGAACACACCACUUGGAUUCUACCAUGUGCAAAACAUCACAGUGCCUGUAACGAAAUCGUUCGUGGAGUACAUAAAGACGCAGCCGAUCGUGUUCGAAGUAUUCGGCCACUACCAACAACACCCGCUGCACAAGGUAAGCUCUAUUGACGCGAAGCAGGACGGCGGUGUAGGCGGAGUAGGGGGGCGCACGCCCCCGCGGCGCAUGCUGCCGCCGUCGAUCCCGAUCUCUGCGCCCGUGCGGAGCCCCAAGUGGGGCGCCGCCGCAGUCGCCGCGCCCUGCUGCAGCUCGCACCUGCACUCCAAGCACGACCUGCUCGUCUGGUUCGAGAUAUGCGAGCUCGCGCCCAACGGGGAAUACGUGCCGGCUGUGGUGGAGCACUCAGACGAGCUCCCGUGCCGCGGGCUGUUCCUGCUGCACCAGGGCAUCCAGCGCCGCAUCCGCAUCACCAUCCUGCACGAACCCUCGCAGGACCUGCAGUGGACCGAUGUCAGGGAACUUGUUGUCGGUCGUAUCCGCAACUCCCCCGAGGCGAACGAGGACACAACAGACGGCGACGAGGACGGCGCUCUGUCUCUCGGACUAUUCCCAGGGGAGAGGCCCACGCUCGACGACAGGGCUGUGUUCAGGUUCGAAGCAGCCUGGGACAGUAGCUUGCACGGCUCCCCCCUGCUGAACAGGGUGAGCGCCAACGGUGAAGUCGUCUACAUCACGCUCAGCGCUUACUUGGAGGUGGACAACUGCAGCCGACCAGCAAUAAUCACGAAGGACCUGUCUCUGGUGGUGGUGGGGCGCGAGGCCCGCACGGGCAGGUCACUGCGACGUGCCCUGUUCGGUUCCCGGGCCGCGCGAGCUGACCACAUCACUGGAGUCUACGAACUUAGUCUACACAGAGCUCUUGAACCAGGCGUCCAACGUCGCCAGCGCCGAGUCCUGGACACGAGCGGGACGUACGUCCGCGGCGAGGAGAACCUGCACGGCUGGAGGCCGCGCGGGGACUCGCUCAUAUUCGACCACCAGUGGGAGUUAGAGAAGAUGACUAGACUGGAGCAGGUGGGCCGCACGCGCCACCUGCUGGCGCUGCGGGAGAGACUGCGGCACGGACACGAGAACACGGUCGCGCCCAACGACUUCACCAAGACCGAGAAGGAGGUAAACAACAUGGCGGCCAAGGCGGCGGCGGAGUGCGCCCGCGACGAGUCGGUGUACGAGCCGUGGGAGAUGUCGCCCCGGGAGAAGGAGCUCGCCACUAAAUACAUUAAACUUAUACAAGGCAGGAUAGGGUCCCCGGCCAAGGAGGUGGAGACGGCGGCGUCCCCCGCGACGCCGGUGGACGAGGGCGUCUCCGCAGACAUCUCCACGCCCAGCCUGCUCUCCUCCAUACAUAGCGCCAGCAGCUUCGAACUAUGCUCACCAGAGCGUGGUUUACUGGAGAAGUCGAUGUCUGGAUGGGCGGGGGCCGGUGGGCCCGGAGGCCAGCUUGGAGCCCUGGGCGCGAUGGGAGCCAUGCCGGCGCCCGGGGCCCUGUAUGUACCCGACUGUGAGGAAGUCAGGGUCUCUGCCGCCGUGGCCAGGCGUGGACAUCUCAACGUACUCCAACACGGCACGCAUGGCUGGAAGAAACGCUGGCUGGUGGUGAGACGGCCCUACGUGUUCAUAUACCGCGACGAGCGCGACCCCAUCGAGCGCGCGGUCAUCAACCUCGCCAACGCACACGUCGAGUACUCCGAGGACCAGGAGCAGAUGGUGCGCAUGCCUAACACCUUCAGCGUGGUCAGCAAGGAGCGCGGCUACUUGCUCCAGACCCUGGGCGACAAGGAAGUCCACGACUGGCUGUACGCCAUCAACCCCCUGCUAGCUGGACAGAUCAGACUCCAAGCCAUUCUGCCACUGAGGCAAAAGCACCAACCCCUACAGCCAAAGGUCCCGGUCGGCGCGGCGCGGGGACCGGCCGGCGGCGGGGGCCGCGCCCUGAGACCUCACCAUGGAGUCUAUCCUCGUUGUUUAAGUGCGUCUCCCACGCCGCACUCGCUCAUCGCGCCUUGCACGCCCAUUGAAACGGCUCGAUACUUCUACGACUGGAAUUAAACUUUGCAAAUAGGUACUGUUACUAUCUUGAAUGAUACAUAUGGUGUCUGAAUCGAUGUGGUUAUAUGGAGGAAAUUGAUAAUCGAUCUUAAUCCAAAAUCUCGAUUGAUUAGUUUUGACUAGAACUGAUGCCAAAAAUCGAUUUUGGAUUGAUAUCGAUUAUCAAUUUCAACUUAUAGCGAGAUAAACAACUUACUUGUCAGUAAGUAAUAAUACAAUUUGUAUCUUUAAUACUGUUUUAAUCACAUCGAUUUAGAUAUUUCUGUUUUUCUACAUAUCGUAUAUUGAAAUGUUAAGUCAGACUGACUACGCUAGCCUGGCAGCUAGUGCAGUUUAAAGAAAGUACUGUACAUGUACUUUUAGACUGAUUUUAACAAUAAUAUCUACAUCGUCGCAAUGUGUUCAUAAUUGCGAACAAAUAUAUUACUUAAAGGAACAUAUUAUACGAGAUGUAGGAAGAUUGGUUGCUAAGCGGUCAAGAUAAUUGUAUGUUCAUAUUAAGCUAUAUUUCUGUCUCUGUCUUUCACUUGUUAAACACAAUUGUGUGACAGUGACAGCAAUAUAAGUGCUUGAACAUAUACUUAUCUUGGAUCUCUCAUUAAAUUGUAUGUAAGUGAAGUUUAAUUCCAAAAAACGAGUAAAAUUUCUAAGAAAAGAGUUAUCCGUGACUGGUUUGGUGGGGUAUAGUCAUUCUAUAGUCACUGAGCGCUCAGGACGAGCUUUUAUUUACUGUGGUCCAUUAAUAUAUACCGAGAUAGUUUCUUCCGUAUUCAAAGUUGCCAAAAUCGAUACCAAGGUUGUAUAGUGAUGCGCCCAACUCGAUAAAGUAUCGAUAAACAACUAUUAUAAAAUGGCCAUCACUAUUUUUGUAAGAUUUUACACUUUUUAUACGUAAUUAACUAUUUCUAUAAAUAUUAUUAAUUUUGUUUCGUCAAUUUUGGGACCACGCGAUAAUAUGCAUGGAAGUCGAAAGACAGUGCAAAUGAAUCAAUUAUUUUAGCAUAUCUAAGUUUUAUUAUAAUUAUAUCAUCAGUAUUAUAAAAGCAGCUGCAUUUAAUGCGAUAUACGAUAUAAUACGUAAAUAUAAUAUAUAUGUAUUAUAUAUUUAAUUUAAAUUCGCUAAUUGGGUACAAGAACUAGUUUUUGGCACUGACAUUGGUCUUAUAUAUUUUUGAUUAAAACAAAAAAGUGUCUUAAUAAAAAUUAUACAAUAAUGUAUGUGACGUAGCUUAAUUCAUAUUUAUAUUACAAAGUAAUAUUAUAGUCGUGGAGAUAUUUUGUUAUUUUAACCAAAAAUAUUCAGGUGCCAAAGCUGAUGAGUUACUUUAGAAGUUUAUAAUGCAAGGGUCGAAUGAGAGGGGACCAAACCGGUGCACUGAUUGUCACAGGAACGUGGUAAACUAAGUAUUUACUCAUGUACAUAAACAUGUCGUGUACAGCAACGUGGGAGCCGUUUCAAUGUCUACAAGGCCUACUACAUAUUCUUUUUAUUCUGUGUGUAAUGGCAACUUUGGACCACGACAAACAAUAACUUUAAUAUAUGAAUAUAACAGCAUUUAUGUAACCAAGUGUCGUGGUCCAUCGGCCACUCCGUAGCAAAUGUUAAUGCGUAUGUCUACGUACAACUCCUGUGCAAUAAAACCUAUAAUAUGUUGCGCACAAAAUAUCGGCGAUGUGUGAUAGACUCCAUCAUGUAACAUGACUAUAUAACUAAGAAUUUAAAAGAAAAUAUUACCAUUGUACUUGUGAAAGGACAAAUUACUGAACUAUAUAAAUUUUCUUCUAAUGUUGAAUACGUUAUUAAAUGUAAUUUACCUUGUAUAUACGUAUGACCCGAACGGUAGGAUAAAUUAUAUUUUGUGGCUCAAAAGGCCGGUGGUGGCGGCAGUCCGGACUCGUAUGACGUCAUACGUAAACGUUUCACAUUCUAGUAUCGAUUGUAAAUACAUUGAAUAUUUGUAGUUAAUGUAGACUAUGCAUUAUAAAUCAUUUACGCUACAGAAUGUAGUCGGUAAUAUCGUUUAACUUGAUAUUGUUUUGUGUAACGAUGUUUUCUUUCCAAAAUUCUUUAUAUGGGAUGUAUAAAGUAGGUUAAUGUGAUGUUACUCAGGUGAAACGUCUCGAUUAUUUCUCGAUUACAGACGAUUCCGUUCGGAGCAUUCCGUACGUUCUAGUCAUAUACCGUGUAGGUACAUGUAUGUGAUAGAGUAGCUCGAUGCUGUGCUGCGAACAAUCACAAAUUAGUGUGUUAAUACGUGUUGUGUUCCGUUGUCCCUCCCCCCUACCCCCUUGUCCCCCUGAUACUCCACGUACCGUACAGAUACGACGUCGAUGUCCUAGGUAGAUAAUGAAUGUGACUGUAGUUUUAUAUGGAUGAUCCUUUAUAGCCGUUACGUUUGUCUCAACACCAUCGUAAGUCCGAGCAAUUGUCUACUCUUGUUACCGCUUUGAUAAAUGUGAAAUAAAAAUAUAAUCAUUGUCACUAUACUAUCGCUUUUAGGUGACUAAUUUUCAUUCGAAAUCGAGCAUACAUAGUUAUAUAAACAUGUAAGCUUAAGACUCGUUAGUCUUUGUAAAUAUUUUACUUCGUUUGGUACUUACAUGGGUUACAGAAAAUUAAAAAAAAAAUAGCUUUCUCCUGUUAAAAGUCCAGUCACAGCAGCUUACACACGACUGUAGACAUAUUCGGCUAACCUAGAGAGUAUCCAGAUAAUAAUUUUUAGCGUAUAAUAAACGUAGCUGUAAGAACAAAAAAAGUAUUAUCCAAAAUUUAGACAUGCUGUGUGUUAGGUAAUAUUUCUUGAAAUUAUAACAAUAUUGUCGUCGAGAUUAUUGAUUACGUUUCAGUUUAUACAGCACAACGUCAAAUGUUGCAAAUUUAUUUUUCAUUCGCGUACUUGGUCGAUUUGGCGAUGUGCUUUAUUUAACACGAGACGCUAUUUAUUGUGUAAGGGUCUUUACAGAUUACUAUGUCCAAGUUUAUUAAUUCUUCACCGAAAUUGAUAUUUGUGUAUAACUAUUGUUCAAUAGGUGUGUCUAUUGUAAUGGAUGAACGGGAUCUCAAGUUGAAUGACAUGAUCGUUAAUACCUUUCUUUUCUAGUCAUUUUAUUUUGUAUUUACAUUCCAAAGUUUGUAUAUUACUCGUUUCAUUUAUUUCGAAAUAAUAGGGUAAUGUGUUUUGCAUAGCAAAAUGGUGUAGUGUAAUACGAAUAGAGCAGGAAUGUACACACGGGUGUGUCGAGGCGGCUGUAACUAUUUAUUUUAAUGCUUUUUUAUUAAAACAUUGUAUGGAAACAAGACAUUUUAAAUUAGAGAUAUGUACAGCGGACGCUGGAUUAUAUUUUUUUAUAGAGUAUACUGUUUAAGCUAUACUGCUAUUUUUAUAGGACUAGCUGUUGUUUUGAUUACGUUUGUUUGUUUAUCGACUAAUUUAUUUGGUAUGCGUCGUUGUGCCGCGGCGGCGCGCGCGUCGCUGUGACGUCACUACCGGUGCGCACGCGCCGCCCUUGUGAUUACGAUAGUGAUUGUUGAUUGUUGGGCGAGAAUGUAUUGAGAACAAAUUAUAUAUUCUAUAUAUAAUUUAUGAAUUUCAUUCAAUUUAUGAAAAUAAGAACAAUGUAAUGAUUGGUAAUAUUACUCAUUGCUCUAAAUGUACUAUCAAAAUAUAUUAUACACAGUGUUAAAGGUCAUAAAUAAAAUGCUUUGAAAAUUUCCAAA